UUUGGUUUUAUGGCCUACAAAUUUCGGGAAAAGCACUUGGUAUGAAAAAGUCACUUUGUCUGCUAUAUUUCUUUAUUUUUAUUUCAAUUAUUUUUUUUCUUUUUCACUAUUUAAAACAGCCCACAAUGAGUAUUUUUCAGAAAAGAUGGAUCGUUAAAUGGUCCACUUAGGUUUUUAGCCCAAUCUUACUGGGCUGAACUUUCUAUAAAGCCCAUUAUUUAACUCAUUCUAAUCAACAAAAAUUUAAAGCGACGGAUACUCCCAGCACUCCACCGCUUCACUGGUAGUGGUAGAGUAGUCUUAGCUUUGUCAAUGGCUGCCGUCUUCUCUUCCUCAAUAUCUGCCGCUUUCAGGAUGAAUCCGAUAUACCCCAAAGCUACACCGGAUAGCUUACAAUUGCAGGAAGUGUUUGUGCCAUCCUGUGCCCAAAUAAUUGUCCCAUUUCCAAAGUGUAGACUUAAGCUUUAUAUGGUACCAUUUAACCGGUUUUCUGGACGGCAUGGUCUGAGAAGUUUUGCUGUGGAUAGCUUGUUAAGAGUAGCUGGAAAACAUCCUGAAACCGAUGUAUCUUCGGGUGUUCUGGGUCCAAACAAUUGCCAGAGAUCAAGUGAACUUGAAGGACAGCUUCAGGAAUUGUUUGAUGAAGUUAAGACUAUGAUUAAAUUGGGAAAGAAAGAUGAUGCUGUAGAUUUGCUUCAAGCAAAUUAUGAAGCUGUUAAGGAACAGGUGGAAUCAGGUGCUCGAGGCAUAGAAGAAGCCGCUAUUCUUGAUGUCAUAGCCUUGGGGUACAUGGCCCUUGGAGACUUGAGGACUGUCAGAUCCCUAAUGGAUGUGUUGCACGAGAUUGUGAAUGAGCUAAAAGAUGAGGAGCUGCUUCUUGAUUCAAUACUAAUGCAUAUGGGAAGUAUUAAUGCCAAGUUGGAAAAGUUUGAGUUGUCCAUUUCUUUCUACAGAAGAUCCUUGCAAAUUAUGGAAACAAAAUAUGGAAGUAAGAGCUCAUUCCUUUCCACACCAUUGCUGGGAAUGGCAAAAGUUCUGGAAACUAAUGGAAGAGCCACUGAGGCAAUAGAGACAUACCAGCGAGUCAUUAAAAUAUUAGAAUCUAGUAGAGGAGGGGAGAGCGAGGAAUUGAUUUUGCCAUUAUGUUCAAUGGGCAAUCUUCUAAUGCAUGAGAGGAAAACUUUGGAUGCUGAAUACACCUUCAAUAGAGUUGUGAACAUUUAUAGGAGGUCAUAUGGGGAAAAGGAUGAAAGAGUCGGCAUGGCUAUGUCUUCAUUGGCCCAGGUGAAAUGUGCAAAAGGCGAAGUCAAUGAGGCCAUUGAUCUAUACAAGAGGGCAAUCCAGAUUCUCAAGGAUUCAAAACACAUGGCAGUAGAUGACAAAGUUUUGGAGAAAAUGAGAAUAGAUUUAGCUGAACUUCUUCAUCUAGUGGGAAGAGCACAAGAAGGACGAAUGCUGCUGGAAGAAUGCUUGUUGAUAUCUGAGAGGUUUAAAGGAAAAGGACAUCCCAGCUUAGUUCCCAACCUUGUAAAUCUUGCAACAUCGUUUUCACGCUCUAAGAAUUUUGCUGAAGCUGAGCGCUUGCUGAGGAUAAGUUUGCAAAUAUUGAUGAAGACUGUGCCCCCUGAUGACCCAUCCAUCACCUUUCCCAUGCUAAAUUUGGCUGUUACCCUCUACAAUCUACACCGUGAUGAAGAAGCAGAAAAAAUUGCUCUGGAUGUUUUAUCCAUCCGUGAAAAGGCAUUUGGAAAGGAAUCUUUACCAGUUGGAGAAGCUCUUGAUUGUUUGGUAUCCAUUCAGACCCGACUACAGAAGGAUGAAAGUGAGUUGGUCGAGCUGCUCAAGAGAGUUUUAAAAAUUCAGGAAAAAGCUUUUGGCCAUGAUAGUGAAGAGGUUAUGGAAACAUUGAAGAAAAUUGUACAUUACCUGGACAAAAUGGGGAUGAAAACUGAGAAAUAUCCUCUGCAGAAGAGAUUAUCCAUACUCAGAAACAAACAUAAGCAGAUGGCUGUUUAUUAGCAGCUGUCUUUGUAAGCUGCAUAAUUCUGAUCUUUCCUUAUAAUGGAGCAACAUUCUAGAACUUCAACUUCGAGGCUGUGAACAAGGUUCAGCGGGCCAGAGGACAUGAGCAACCUUUACUUUGAGAUUGAAUGAUGAGGAUUGAGAUACACAACAGUUGCUCUUUCUUGAGAACAGUGAUUCAUAGUAUGCAAGCCAUCUGAAAGCCACGGAGCCAUGCUAUACGAUUAGAGUUUAAAUGAGUUAUAAAGAAAUUUUGCACCUUCUAUCAUUGCCUUACAGCUCAUGUUACUUCUGAUGAAGAGUCCAAACCAUGUGCUAUGUCUUCGCUUCAGGACAACCAGAAAAGCAAAAAUCACCGAAAGAGCAGUCCCCUUCAGGUACAUAUUGUGCUCAUCUGCAGCCAGCGAAUUCAUCAAAUUCAUUAGAAAACAUAUAGAAUGUAAUAGGUGGAUAGUGAAUCAGACAAGUUAGAUCAACUAAAACGUGUGUGUGUGUGUGUGUGUGUGUAUGUAUAUUGGUGUAUACUUUCUAGAGUGCAUGAAUAUUGUGGUUGUGGUCAAUUGCAACAGUAAUUUUUGGUCCAAAUUGAGCAACCCAUUUGUUUAUUUUUUUGGUGAACUAAGUGAUGAAAUUCAAUA